GUGUGUUUCGGCCGAAUUUUUACGCUUAAAAACGAGAGCUCUCCCAUUCGCUUCUUCCCUAGUCGCCAUCCUCGGAGCAGUUCGUCGCCACUGUCGCUGCACAUGUUUCGGCCUCUCUAUUCCUGAAAUUCAUUUUCCUGCCUUGGUUUCAUCUAAAUCUCCAGCCCAAGGGAUACAUCCACUGUGAGCAAUGACAGAACCAAGUCAGCUCGUUCAGCAUCUUGAAACGUUCGUUGACGUGGCUCGUUCUCCUACUCAGCAGGCUGCAAGCCUGGAAGCGCUUGUUUCUGCUGUAGAGAAGAAUGCGUUGUCUAUGCAAGAAUUGGUUAGGGAGAUGGAACUGUAUUUGACAACCACAGACAAUGUUGUCCGAGCACGAGGUAUUCUCCUACUUGCUGAGGUCCUCAAGUAUUUGGAAGCAAAACCAUUGGAGGGUGCAGUUAUCCAUAGCCUCAUUGGAUUCUUCACUGAAAGACUGGCAGACUGGAGAGCAUUGCGAGGGGCACUUGUUGGUUGCUUGGCCCUGUUAGGGAGGAAAGGUGCUGCUGGUGUGGUCACUGAUACAGAUGCAGAAGCUGUUGCAAACUCAUUUUUACAGAACUUGCAAGUUCAGUCUCUAGCUCAGCACGAUCGUAAGCUCUGCUUUGAACUUCUGGAGUGCCUUCUAGAAGGGUAUCCUGAAGCAGUAAAAUCAAUGGGUGAUAUGCUUGUCUAUGGUACAUGUGAAGCCAUUGAUGGAGAAAAAGACCCGCAGUGCUUAAUGAUAGCUUUUCAUAUAAUAGAGCUUUUGGCACAAUUAUUCCCUGAUCCAUCUGGUCCGGUUGCUUCUAAUGCUGCUGAUCUUUUUGAUGUUAUGGGUUGCUACUUUCCACUUCAUUUUACACAUGAAAAAGAUGAGGAGGCUUGUGUUAAAAGGGAUACCCUCUCUAGGGCUCUUAUGCUGGCUUUUUCCUCAACGCCUCUUUUUGAACCAUUUUCCAUCCCUUUGCUGCUUGAAAAGCUUUCUUCUUCUCUUGAACUUGCCAAGGUUGAUUCUUUGAAAUAUCUCCAUGAUUGUGCUCUGAAAUAUGGAGCAAACAGAAUGGUGAAGCAUUAUAAAGGUCUUUGGUCCUCCUUAAAAGAGACAAUUUAUUCUUCCAUUGAGACGCAUUUGUCCUUUGCUCCAGAAUCCCUUACUGGUCCUGGGGCUCCAGAUGAGGGGGUGCAGAAAGAAGCUCUAAAUCUUCUUCAAAGUCUUGUUAUGCAAGAUGCGUCAUUUCUAAGUUUUGUUGUUGGUGAUAUAGACAUAGACAUAGUUUUUGAUACCAUCUCUAGCUACUGUCAUUUCAAAGAAAUGCUCGAAGAGAGCAAACGAAAGGUUCUUGCUAUUAGUGAGAUCCUCUCUGUAUCUGCCAAAGCUUCUGCUUCUUCGUGCAACAAAAUCUUUGAAAUAGUUUUCUUCCGCAUACUUAAGGCUUUAGGGAUCCUAGAGAAAAAUUCGGAAGGGGAUUAUAUCCCUCAAGAAGAUUCAACAUUCUCUGGUAGACUUAAUCAGGGUGGCCUUUUCCUUUGCAUUGGACUUCUUACUGCAUCUAAGGAUCAUACCUUGAGUUCCAAAGAACAUUCAAUGGUGUCAAGUUGUGGACAUGAAAUGUGGUGCUCCAUGGUUAACAGAUCUGCGUUUUCGUUGAUCCAAAUGUUCAGUUCUGCAGCAGCUAGCUUUGAUGAAGACGAUGGUGGUGCUGAUGCAUAUCUUGGAGUUAAGGGUUUGCUGACUCUGGGUAUGCUCCAUGGAGGCUCUUCACUUCUAUCGAGAUCCAUAUUCGAUAAGGUUUUGAUCACUUUAACAUCAAUCAUCACUGCGGAGUGUGGUAAAACACUAGCAUGGAAGCUGGCACUGAAAGCGCUGGUCUACAUCGGCUCAUUUAUUGAUCGAUAUCAUGAGACAGAGAAGACACUGACUUACAUGAAUAUAGUUGUCGACAAAUUUGUUAUGUUGGCUUGUUCUGAUCACGUUGGAAUGCCAUAUUCUCUUAUAUUGGAAGCAGCUUCAGACAUCUGCUUAACUGGGCCUAAACAUGUCCACAAAAUCAUUCAAGGAUUUGAAGAAGCUUUGUGUGCCAAUUGGUCUGACAGUUGUGUCAGAGGAAAUUCCAGGUCAAUUGAAAACUGUGUUCUGCUCUUGGAUUGUUUUUCCAAUAAAUUACUUCCCCGAUUAAACGGUGUGGUUGAGAUAGAUGAUCUUGAGGACAUCUUACUUCAGUUUGCUGUCAGUAUCUGGAAUAAAAUUGAAACCUGCAGAGUUUUCAGUUGUACACAUGGUAAGGAGCUUAUUGAUCCAACUAUGAUGGCAAUGAGGCAGGUUGUUGCAAUUUCUUCAGUGGAAACCCAGAACACAAUAAUCCAAAAGGCAUAUAGUGUGGUCUUAUCAAGCACACUUCCAUUGAUGGAAUCUAUUCCAUCAAAACCGGUUGCACUAGAGGCUCUAAAACAUUUUGAUUUGUCCAUCAGGGAUGAGUUGAUUCUAUCACUUUUUGCGUCAACAAUUAUAGCUGCAUCUCCUACAACAGAUAUUCCUAAUGUGAAAUCAGUUGUACAUCUGUUUUUGGUUACCCUUCUUAGGGGCCAUCUUCCUGCUGCUCAAGCGUUGGGUUCUAUUGUUAACAAAUUGGGUUCAGGUUCCCGUGGGACAAAAAUCUCAAGUACUAGUUCCUUGGAAGAAGCAUACAAAAUAAUAUUCCACACAACUUUUGAGGUGGGAAAAAGUCUUUAUUCUGAUGGAUCUGGUGAAAGUAGUUCUGGAAGCGAGAUAAACUUGACUAAGUUUUGUUUUGGUGACUAUGAUGGAAUGAACUUGCAAAAUCAUGCUAUCACGGGACUAGCAUGGAUUGGAAAAGGGUUACUCAUGCGGGGUGAUGAAAGAGCUUGUGACAUAGCUCUGGUACUUCUGGAUUGCUUAAAAACCACUGACAGUUCGGGGCAGGUUCUGCAGUCGUCUAGUAUGAGAUGUGCAGCAGAUGCAUUCCGUAUUCUUAUGUGUGAUUCUGACAUCUGCCUUAGUAGAAAGUUUCAUGCUGUCAUACGGCCACUUUAUAAGCAGUGGUUUUUCUCUAAGACAUUUCCCAUCUUGGAGUCCUCUAUUGUGAAGCCCGAUACUCCACUCUCAAGAAUCAUGCUGUAUUUGGCUUUCACACACGUUGUUUCUAAUGUUCCAACAGUGGUCAUCUUGGACAAUGCCAAAAAGCUGUAUCCAUUGACACUGGAAGGUCUGUCUAUCUUAAUCCAUGAUCCUCUUGGAAAAGAUGCUGUUUACAGUCUUCUGCUGGUUUUAUCUGGACUGCUCACUGACAAAAAAGGACAGGAAUCUUCCAUAGAUAAUGCGCAUAUAAUCGUUAACUGCCUUGUCAAGCUAACAUCGUAUCCACAUGCAAUGCUUGUCAGGGAAACAGCGAUUCAGUGCCUUGUUGCCAUGAUAGACUUGCCUCACAGGAGGGUUUAUCCCUUUAGAAUACAGGUAUUACAAGCGAUAGCAAAGGCGCUUGACGAUCCGAAGAGGAGAGUCCGUGAAGAAGCUGUCAGAUGCCGACAGGCUUGGGAGUCGAUUGCAUCGAGGAGUACGAGGCUGUGAAGAGGUUCCUGGAACAAGUGGCAACCAUCCAAUAUCCAUGCAAUUCACCUCAGAUUCUGUCCUCCCUCUGGGUUUCGAGAGAGAGCUCCUCGAAACCUUCUUAAAAGGUUUGUAUUUUGGCGUUUAAAUCCUGUUUGUGGGUUCGUCUGUGUGGGAGUUUAUAGUCGUUUAGGCAUUUCAAGGUGGAUUUUGCUUGUGAAUAAAAUAUUAGAGAAUUUUAAUCAAAAUUAAAGGGAAUCGUAACGUAUGUCAUGUUCAGAAUU